AGUUAAAAUUUAUAUUCUCCAAAGUUGAAGCUUUUUUAAUACUCACCUUACAUUUUUUAUUAUGCAAUGAAUGCUCUGUUCAAAUAUUAUUUUAAUCAUAAACAUAAAAAGUAUAGACUUGACCUCGCGUCAAACACAAUUGAUAAUAUUCACUGUUAUGUUUUUAUUUUUAAUGUUUAUUAUCUAGUCUAACUGGACUAUUUCAGUACGUCCUCCCAACUGUUCGGUCAAAUAAAUUAUUUGAAGAUUCGGCGGGGUGAGGAUAACUGUGAUUGAGUCCCUUGCUUUUAAAUUUAAGGCAUACAGUUUUUAUGGAUAUAAAUAGAUUAGUGCGCUUCCAAAAUACUGUUCAAUAUUCCCAACUUGUAUUGUCUACAGUCUUUUUCCUCGCGCCCAACGAGUUUGUUAAAUUUUGGGAAACUCUUGAAAAUGUGCGGAUUCAUUGAUAAUGUGAGUUGCUUUGACGGUUCGGUUUAUAUUUAGUUAGUUGUUUUGCCAUAUGUGAGCCAACAAAAUUGCGAUUUAUACUUCUUUAUUCUUACUCCGAAGAUGAACUUUGUUACAAAUAUCAUAAAGAAAUAUAUACAGGCUGAUUCAUCGCAUAAAAUGGAUCCUAAUCCGAAAGAGGAUAUUCUCUCUCAUGAAUCACACAACUUGAAUCCUGGAAACAGUGAACAAAAACCAGACUUUCAAGAAUCAAUUGAAGUAUUAAAGGAAACUGUUGCUGUAUAUACAGAAACCCAGCGCCAAUCUGUUGAUUCGGAACGCCAAUACAUUGAAACAUUUAAUACUAGAGAAUUUUACGAAGGAUUGUCUGAUUGUUCUGUUGCAGAAGAGUCUUUUGAGAGUAAUUUUUCUGUUAAAAAUAAGAAUCUCGAGUUUAUUUUACAAAGGGAUAGAAGGCCCUCAUCCUUAACAUCGCUUUGUGACCGUAUUAAUCUUCUUAAUCUUCAAGACAAGGAUUCUUUUGAAAGCAAUACUGAUGGAGAAAUUAGUGAAGAUAAUAAAUAUGAAGAUAAUGAAGAGUAUUUUCCAGCAUAUAUUAUAAAUUCUGAAGAAAGUAGUGGUGAAUUUCUACCUGCAGUGUCUACAGUUAAAUUUGAUGACACCUCAGAAGAAACUAAUUCAACUAAAUGUGAAGAUAGUGAACAACAAAUAUCUUCUAAAGGGUUGAAUAUAAAUUUAGAUGACAGUAGUGCUAAAUUGCUGAAUGCUGAAUUAACAAAAAAAAUAGAAAGUACUGAGGAUGCAUUGACAGACCAAUCAGUAAAGGCUCCUGAACUUUUUAAGGCUGACGGUAUUAAAACAGUAGAUAGUGGUAAUCAAAUUUCAUCUGACAGAGAAUUUAGUGAUGAAAUUAAAUCAGCUGUAGAUUCCACUGAAAACAUUGAAUGUGCUUCUGAACAAAAAUUAGAUGAAACUAUUAAUAUUAAUGAAAUUGAGGAGAAACUAGUGAAAGUACAAACUGAAAAAAAUAUUGAAGAAACUUCUCCAGGCUUAUCAAUUGAACCUGAUAGUAUCAAAAUCAAUCUAAAAGAGAGUGAAAAACUUAAUUUUAUUGAAAGUGAAAAAAUCCAUGAUUUAGAGGCUGACACUACCAAAACUCCUGAAUCUUCACCUUAUAAACUUUUGAGCAUUUCUGUAAAUGUUAGUCCAAAUGAGCUUGAAAAAACCACAUCAUGUUUACUUGAAGAUGAUCUAAGCUACCAUGAUAGUUCUGGUGAACCCAAAGAUUCAGAUUCAGCAGAUUUAAGUUUCAAAUGCUCAUCGGCUACACAAAUAUCGUCAAGUGGUGUUUCAUCAAAUGGAGAAACUGAUAAUCUUGGCCCAACUUUUGUAGCUGAAACUGAUUCUAGUGCUUCAUUCGCUAGUUUUAGUGACACUAUUCCAAUAAAAAUUGAUGAUAAAUCUCCAAAUACAACAUUUAAUAGUAAUAAUAAAUGUGUAUCAAUAACUGAGUCUCCUAAAGCAGCUGUCCCUGAAUGUUUGAACACUGAAGACAGAGAUAAAGCUACUACUGAAGUACUUGUGGAAACAAACAGUGAGACGAGCACUAAAUGUACCAAGAUUGCUAUUUUUUCUCAAGGAACUAAUACUGAGGACUCAACUAACUCUCCCAAUAUAAUUACUGUUUCACAAAGUACUAACACUGAUGACUCAACUAACUCUCCCAAUAUAAUUACUGUUUCACAAAGUACUAACACUGAUGACAAUAUAAAUAGUGAAUCUGAAGAUACAUUUGGUCCAGACUCCAAUAGUAAUUUCAAAAUGUCUGAUAUGGUUGAAAAACUAAAUCAGCAACAGGCUGAAAUAUCAGACUUGAAACUUAAAUUGAAUGCAGCUCAACAACACAAUGCUUCUUUAGAAUUGCAAAUUCGACAAAAUGAAGAAAUUGUUAUUAAGGCACAAGCAGAAGUAAUAAAAACUGAACAAACGUAUCAACAAGAAGUCAAGCAGCUUAAACAAAAAAUAAAUGAAAAUUCCAAAAUAAUUGAGAAAGAUAGGAUUCAGGAAUUGGAGGAACAGUUGAAAGAAGCUAAAGCAAGGGAAGCAAAACUUUUAGCCGAACUUUCUCAAAAAACCAAAGAUGAUGUGAAUUAUCAGAAAAUCAUGAACCAAUAUGAAAUUACUUUAAAGAACAGGAUUGCCGAACUUAAGAAAUUACAAGAAGAACAUGAUACUACGAGGACUCAUUUCACAAAUUUGGAACUCGCUUUCUCUGAUGUGCAUUCCAAAUAUGAAAAAACCAAGGCUGCGCUUCUAGGUAUAAAAGCAAAUGAAGAAAGCUUACUUCACCACCUGGAGGUAGCUCAGUCAACAAACAUUCAGCAUGAAGAACGAUAUGAAUCACUUAAAGCCCAUGCCAGAAUCCAAAUAGAAAAAUCAAAUAAAGAGAUUCAUGAUGCUAAAGAACAGCACGAACAGGAAAUCAGCAAAUUAAAAGCAUUUGUCCGAAGAUUAGAAAUUAAAGUCAGCUCUUUAGAAGUAUCCCUAAAACAAAAGUCGGCAGAAUGUGAACAACUCUCUAACCUUUGUGAUGAAGUUACAGGGAAGAAAGUGUAAUCGUUCAAUUUUCUUGUUAGUGAGUGAACCCAGUCAACAAGAACUUGUUAGUUGUGUUGAAUUUUUUAUUAAUAAUCUGUAUAUAGAAAAUUUAUUAUCGACGUGUAUACUAUCGCUACUUUCAAUUUUAAUAUAAUUAUUUGCUAAAACGACUAGAUUGAAAAUAUUAUUGGUCCCUUAGAUGCUAUAUAUUUAGGUUAACAUAUAAACAUUUAUAACUUAGAUUAUAAUGUAUUUAUCAUUCUGGCUUAUAUCUCUAAUUUGAAUGGCGUGAAGAUUUUCUAUAUGCAGAUUUAUCUAUUCAAUAUUGCAGAUAUUACUUAAAUAAUUUUUUAUAUAAUUCCAUUAAAAUAGAAAAGGUGAUUAACUUUUUGCUCAGCAGAGUUGCUUAUAAAAUAUAUUUUUUGAUGGCA